AUGGCUACCUCAACACCAAGCAAUACCACCACUGUAGGCCACGACGAGGUAGUUGUGAAUCUCAAGGCCGCAGCUCAUCUCCGACAUACUAAUCAAUCUUCUUCAACACUCGUCGCAGCAGUUGGUAUCGUCGAUGGUCUUGCUGGAGGGGCUGGAGAGGAAUAUGGUGCAAACAAGAACGUUCUGGUUUACAUGCGAGAACCGCAGCAGACCUCCGCCGGCCAGGCCACCGUUCAUGUCUCCGAUAUAUGCCCAAUGCCCCCUCAUCUGAGCUUUGAAAAUGCCGCCGCGAUGAUCUACCCCUUCAYUGCCGGCCUGAGCAUUCUACAUCACGAACUUGGCAUCUCACUCACCAGUCUGGAGCCAGACGACGACGUUGGUGACGUUAACACGGUCUUAAUCCUGGGAGGCGAGACUGCACUCGGCAAUGCACUCCUGCAGCUCCUCCGUAUAUCUCUACCGUCUACUAUACUUCUCGUGACCUGCCGAGCGGAAGAUGCAUCACCUCCCGAAGACUUUCAAAAGGCUGUACGACCCUUCUGCGGCCGAGCUGUAGAUCAAGGAGCGAAGUACGCAAUCGAUGCUUCGGCUCCUGACUUGUUGGGACAUUUGCAAGCGGCAGUCUCCCACUACGGGGGCCCUAUCAACUUGGCCUUUGACGUGACUGGAGAGCUUGCAAAACGACCGGAACUGCUAGGAUUGCUUGAUGCAAGUGGAAUCAUCGACUGUGCUCAGGCUGUGGUCGAAGGAGGCCGUCUCCAAGAUCGCGAGAGGGUCCCUAUGAUCGAUGUAGGACUGAUCUUCGCCAUGCAUGACUUGCAGCCACCACUAUGCAACGACAUGUUUGUAACUACCUUUGAGUAA